AUUCAAUCAUCUUCCUUGUCGCCGAGCCCAUAGGCGGACUUUUUUUGAACGGAACUGGAUCGUCUUGACGUUUAAGAAAUCGAGUUGAAAUAUAAGAGUAUACCUGAGCUAUCUUUCCCUAAGUUAUAUUUCUCUCCUACUUCACCCUGUAACUGUACUGUACUAUACUGUACAGUGUACACGCGAUACACGAAAGAAACGAAACGAUGAGCUCCUUCAACAACUCGCCACGUCCCCCGGCCGCCGCCGUGCCAUGGUGGCGCAUCUACUGGUUCCGGGGAAUGGUUAAUGACAUCAAGAGGAGAGCGCCGUUCUAUGUCUCAGACUUCACCGAUGCGUGGGAUUAUAGGAUCGUGCCGAGUACCAUUUACAUGUACUUUGCAAAUAUUUUGCCAGCUCUGGCUUUCUCGUAUGAUAUGUACGAGAAGAUGGAUGGUGCCUACGGCGUCAACGAAGUGCUGCUUGCUUCGGUGCUAGGCGCCGUGGUGUUUUCGUUGCUAGCUGCACAGCCGCUGUGUAUCGUUGGUGUUACGGGACCCAUUACGGUGUUCAAUUACACUGUCUAUGAUAUUAUGACGCCCAGAGGGACACCGUAUUUCCCGUUUAUGUGCUGGAUCUGCUUGUGGGCUAUGGUCAUGCACUGGAUUCUGGCCAUCACAAACGCUUGCAAUGCCGUUCGAUGGGUAACCCGGUUCAGCUGCGAUAUCUUCGGCUUCUACGUAGCGAUCCUCUACAUUCAGAAAGGCAUUCAAGUUCUCACGCUCCAAUGGCGAGCCAGUGAAGCAUCCGCAUACCUUUCAAUCAUGGUUUCGUUGCUGGUUCUCAUUACUGGCUACAUCGCUGGUCUCAUCGGCAACAGCAAGUUGUUCAACCAUCCAGUCCGGGUGUUCUUGAAGGAUUAUGGUACGCCGUUGGCGGUCAUCUUCUUCACCGGAUUCCAGUUCAUCGGGAAGAUGGAGAAUGUGCAUCUUGAGCGCAUGCCUAUCAGCAAGGCUUUCCUUCCGACCCCGAACCGUGGUUGGUUCGUUCAUUUCUGGGAUAUCAGCACGGGCGAUAUCUUUUUGGCCAUCCCCUUUGCGAUCCUUUUGACGAUUCUGUUCUACUUCGACCAUAAUGUGUCCAGUUUGAUGGCCCAGGGAACCGAGUUCCCGUUGAAGAAACCUAGUGGAUUUCAUUGGGAUAUCUUUUUGCUGGGAAUCACCACCGGUAUCUCUGGCAUCCUGGGACUUCCGGCGCCAAAUGGUCUCAUUCCCCAGGCGCCUUUCCACACCGCUUCCUUGUGUGUGACCCGGAAGCAGAGCGAUGAUGAUGAGGAUAAUAAAGGCAAAGUGGAGACCGUUGUCGACCAUGUCGUUGAGCAAAGAAUCAGCAAUUUGGCACAGGGCUUGCUCACCUUGGGCACCAUGACUGGGCCUCUGCUGUUUGUUCUCGGGCUCAUCCCCCAAGCUGUUAUGGCCGGGCUUUUCUUCGUCAUGGGACUGCAGGCACUGGAGGAUAACGGAAUGACACUGAAGAUUCUGUAUCUUCUGAAAGACAAGACGCUCACUAGUAUCAGCCAUCCUCUUCGCCGCGUGAAGAACUCGACUCUUUGGGCGUUUGUCUGGGUUGAGCUAAUUGGAUUCGCUGCGACAUUUGCAAUCACCAACACAAUUGCCGCUGUUGGCUUCCCCGUCAUCAUCUUCAUCUUGAUCCCGAUUCGCAUGUACAUCAUGCCGAAGUACUUUCGUCCUGAAGACCUCGGUGCGUUGGACGAGCCCACGGCAUCGGAUUUCCUCCUGGAGUCGGUUGGAGGAAGUUGGGGCACGUAUGUCGGUUCCGAUGGUGCACCGUCGCCAGAAGAUCCGGGCCGUACUCCUGUUAUCUCCGAUACCGAGGAAGAUGUCAUGGAGAGAGGUGAUUCGGUCAGACUUCAGCGGCGGCGGAAGUCGUCGGCUGCACGGCCGGUAUCGAGGGAUGUGAAUGAAGAGGCUGGAUCGUCGUCAGCAGGGAGGGGACUGCAGCAUAGAAAAGGGCAGUAAUUUAUGAAGUUCGACGGGAUGGAGAUGUCUUAGAUGGUACGGCAGCAAUGGGAUUGCUAGGGUAGAACCGGGUGGGAUUGAGAGUGGAGUGGUGAUCCGAGCGUAUAGACAAUGUCCGGUAGAUUUGAUGCGCUGAUGGAUUGACGUCUAUGUAAUAAUGUUUGCGGAAUUUUGGCAUGUUUCGAGUCGACUGGAGUCCUUUA